AUGGCGACUGCACAGGACAUUCUUCCCUCGCUGCCGACGGCGGUGCCGCUGCUGAUCGUCGACUCGAUCCUCAAUGCGCUCACGCACCCGAAUCCGACCCGACGCAGGGUUGGACUGGCCUUGGUCCUGCUCUACUGCGUCUUGGCCCUUCGACUACUUGCCAUCGCUCGCCACAUGUCGCUCGCGUCGGCCCCCGCGUCUCUGUCGCGACCGGCCACGGCGCGCUCCACUUCAUCGCGCGACCCCGACGACGGGGAUGAGGUGCCCGUCUACGAUGACUCCCCGCCCGUCUCGUCGAUACAGAGGGACAACUUGGCUCGCUUGGUCCACCUCAUCGACACGAGGAAGUCGGCUUACCCACCCCGCCGGCUGACGGAGAUGGCGCUUCAACACCCGAGCAAUCGUCUCGUCGCUGUCACGGCCGUCGUGUUGCACUGGAAGCGCAGAAGGGGGCUGCAGUUGGUGCUCAAGCAGCUGUCAAAGUAUCCGUUCAUACGCGAGAUUAUCGUUUGGAACAACCAUCCUGGGGUAUCCCUCAAAGCUUCGGUCAGUACUGCUGAUCCCUCGACGAGAGCGAAAAUCCUUGCCCGAGAGACGGGGUCCUGACUUUAGCUGCGACGUCGACAACAUGCAUGCAGGACUUUUUCAUCUCUCCCCAACCAUCAAGCGACCUUCCACAACCUCGUUUGAGGAUAUUCAAUUCGCCCUCCAACGUCCACGAUGCAGGCAAACAUUUCGCCUGUUCCAUGGCCACGACCGAGCACUGCUACUUUAACGACGAUGACUGGCUCAACAUCUACCUCGAUUCUCUCUACACCAAAUAUAUUGAUACCAGGUCUGGUAUCAUCUCUGGAUCAGCAUCGGCGUCGACGAGUAGCGUCGCGGUCCCGAGGAUCGUCAGCAACACCAUGCCCGUCAUUCACCUCGAGCACCGUCGGUGGAGGUUCGCUAACCCAGGCGAGUCACCUCGCCCGAAUCCUUGGUCAUCUCCCUUCAUCAUCCUAACCAAAACAUAUUGUCAUACCCUCAGACAUCAACUUACACACGGGUUUCACUUGGAUCGGAUGCGGUUCAUUCGCACCCAAAGCUCUCUCUGUCCAAUUCCUCAACCAGCAAUCGGCGGCGCCCGUCAUGUUGACCAGGGACCAAACCCUAGUCAGCGACAUGUUCUUCUCCUUAUGGACCAAUACUUAUCCCGAACAGGUCCGUAAGAAAGUUCCUGCGCUGGGGCGAGUCGCUUACGAACCAUCCCUAAAACUUUGGACAGAUGCCGAACGAUCUGGUGCCCAUCGACGUCGAGGGUGGCGACGUAGGAUGGUCAACAGGGGUGGACCAAUGGGCAAUCGUAUAUGAGAACGUGGUGAGUAGUUAUGACAGAGCAUAAAGUCCAGCGUACACUGAUCUCGGAGCUUCGAUCCCCUCCUUCCCCCAGCUCGAUGCCGUCCGAAAACUACACGACAUCCUCACCGUCCAAGACACCUACCUCGUCCCCGACCCCUUCCCAACGAAUCCCUCCCCGCCAGAAUCACAACUCCGCGCCCCCUGCGCGAACGAUGAAUGUCUGUUCAUGACCUCUCUCACACCCUUCCCCCAUCCUUUAACCCUCAUCUACCCCCUUCCCACCAAGCCCUCCUUCUGGGCCAACCUCUUCUUUCGCAAGCCGCGUCACCGAGAAGUGAAGAGUCGACAUCGACUACCCAGUUCGACGAGCUCGGAUGUGGACCCCAAGUUCGAUCCUUAUGCCAUCGAUCACAUGCAUGAGCAUGAGGCGCGGUUCAAUGCGAUGCCGAAUUGGCCGACGGACGAGUGGUGGACGAGGAACGGGAGUUGGCAUCUUGCUGUCGAUGGCAAGCCUCAUGAUCAAACGUGCUGGUCUACUUUGAAAGGUUCGUUUCAUCCAAUGUCAACAACUUUUGAACACUUUCGUUCCACGAUCUGACUGUCUGACUGUAUCUUUCCGCUCAUAGCCCCCGACGCCGACGAUUAUUUCGGCCUGAGCUUCAUCCGACCCCGCGCCGUCACGCACUUCACCAUCGUCGGAUCGACCACACUCCUAAAUCUCGUCUCAUGGGAAACGCCCGAUCAAACAGCCGAAUCGUGGCAGGUAUUCACCACUCGCGAACACGCGGUCCCUCAUGAAGUAGGAGGGUGGGAACCGCGUCGCUUCGUCGGCUCGAUAAAGAUUCGUCAAUUGAGGGUCGGGAUCAUUGAGAUCAAGGGCGAGUUGGAACGACAGCAUCCUCGGGAUGAGGAAUUGGAGCAGAAGGACGUUGAUUUGAUGGAGGAGGGAGAGGCGGACGAGCUCCUUCCGGUCGUCAAGAUCGCCAAGAUCAAGUUUGUCAGCCAUGGGCGCAAAGUCGAGCCGCUAUCGGUUUGUGGGUUCGAUCUUGAUGGGUUCAAGGUGUAG